AUGGCAUCAGGCCACCAUACAAGUGCAGCGUACAGUAUUAUUGACCUUAUCACUACAGCAGUACAACCCCUGCAGUCGAGGAUUGCUAUACGAAGGGCAGUUUCGGGGUUGCUUGUAGAUCAUUUAAUCAUAAUCGAUCAACGAAACAAAAAUAUUCGGUGCGCUGCAAAAGUUACAACCCCUGCACUCGAGGAUUGCUAUACGACACGCUCGUCUACAAGUUUAAAUUGUUACGUAUGUGGCUUCGACGAACAUUUAAAUUGUACGAACUUUAACAAUUUUAAUCGAGAUUUGUUCGCGCAAAAGUGUCCUCCAGACUCAAGAGGAUGCAUCACGCAAACGGAAGGUGAGAAGAUCAUCACCAUGGGCUGUGACGAUUUUCACCUAAACGAUUGCCAAUUGGCUAAUGGCAUAGAAUAUUGUUAUUGCAAUACAAAUUUGUGUAAUGGAAAUACGUCAAUUAAGAAGUCAAUUACUCAUAACCCCAGUUUAAAUGAUGAUGAAGAUCUUAGUGAAGGAAGCGGAUUGUUUACCAGUACAAAUUCGCAAAUAUUCAGCACAUCUACUUCUACACCACAACCUACUACUACUCCCUCUCAAAACACGGGAGGCUGCAUACGUAGUACAUAUAUUUUCAUCAUCGUCGCUAUUUUUUGUUUUCUAUAAUUUUCAUUUUGUACCUCAUAAUAACCAUGCAGUAUUAUAAAAAACAGUAUACAGACUAUUCGUCUUCCUACGCUUAUAAAAAAUACAUAUAUAUUUCCAUUGUAUAUGUGCAAUAUCGUCCUAGUCUCGUAGGAAUGCAGAGCAGAACAAAAACUUCUAUAGUACCUAUUUAUAUGCACUGCUGUGUAUUUCUAUACAUAUAUAGUUUGUAAAAGAAUUUGCUAUAUUGAGUAUUAAAGUUUUUUAAUAACCUUA